UUCGACUCUUCUGGGAGUCACAAACUAAUUAGCCCCCCACCUCAAAUGAUCCGAAAGCGAAAAACAAAACCAAAAACUAUCAGCCCUUGUAGGAGGGAGCCAACUCAACAUGAAACAAGUGAGAUCGUAAACUGGCUCAAAACUCAAAGACAGAUGCCCUAUAAUGCACUAACCAUUCUGUACAAAUUAGUGGGAAAGCGAGAAGAAAGGCCGAGAUACCUCAACCAAAAAGCAGUUACAGAAACUCAUCACCAGCACCCUUUUACGUCUAAGCUGAUGGAGGAUGCUUCCACUAGUAUUCCAAUUGAUGGUGCUUGA